CUCCAAAAUGUCGAGUCCUAUUGCAACACCCGGAACAGAUCCCACUGCUUCACCGACGCUAAAGACCCUGGGAACCACGAUAGUUCCAGCAAGAUCGUCGACACCAGAAGGCACAGUGGUUUUUUUCCAAAUACCAGAUGUCACCACUAGAGUUUCAUACAAUGCCAUUCCUGCCCCAACUGCGCCCACAAUACCUGCCUCUGGUGAGCUCAGUGAUGCUACACCACUCAAAGAAAUAUACGGUUUUUUCAAUUGGAAUUCCAGCAACAAGACGGCGCCGCUUCUAUGGCUUCCAGCGCCAAACGACUGGCGAGCGGCAAAAGUUGUAUCAUCCAUGGAGCUUCCGUGGCAGACCAGCGCAGAGACUUCGGACACAAAGACUGCAGCGCCCACCUCUACCCAAAAUUCGACUCCAACAUCGCAGUCGACUAAGGUGAGCACACCUGUCUCUACCUCGGUGGCAGCUUCACCGCAUUUCAAACCCGUAGUUGCCAAACCUGGUCUCUCGAAUGGAGCUAUCGUUGGCAUAGCGAUUGGAAGUUUCAUCGGAGGGGCUCUUAUUGCAGCGCUGUUAUUCUGGAUCAUGGCGAAGAAAAAGAAACCGUCCAAAACGUCCGACUCGGAAGCGAGUACAGUACACGUACCUCUGGUUGCGCGCGAAAAGAUGGUCGACGCCAAAACCAUCUCUAUCUCGAGUUCAAGCCCUAUUCUGUACCAUACAAAUGAAAGCGUUGGGGCUCAACCUCUCGAAGACAAGGCAAUAUCCGGAGAAAUCUCCAAAAUCAGCAAUCUCAUCAAGAACCACGUGCAGAGCUAUUACCACACCAAGACCGUGAGUGCGGGGAUGAUCGAUUAUGACGACCUUUCUGCCCUUGGACCUGGAUUGCCGGUGUCUGUUGGAACGUUGGGUACUUUGCUUGGGAGCGCGGCUACAAGAGAGAUCGCGCUGCGAUUUUGUAUUGCAUGGGUAGUUACAUCGCGCAUUCAGCUUCAUGAAUCGUCGCACAGAUCAUUCCUACCCUUGGAAAUCUCAGAAUGUUUACAAUCCAUGUCUCCGCAAAACUGGGACUCAAAAGUCCAUGCCUCACUGCUCGCCAAAUGGCGCGUCAUCACGUCCGAACUACUCCAGUCCGCCUACGUCCGCAAUGCAUUUUCUCUCGACGACAGUCGCAUCCACAACAUCCAGGGCGCGGUGGGCGUGCUCGAUAACGUGCUGCGUCCGUACAUCGACACGCGCAUGGAUAACGGACAGCGGAGCCGCAACCUCGAGGAGAUCCUGAAACGCGCCGCGCAGUUCGCAUUCACGCUGUUUUCGCAGCGCAGCGAAUGGGAUUUCGACUGGCAAAUCGAAGAGCAGAACGCAUCAUCUGAAGGCAUUUGCGUGUUUCCCGCGCUGGUGCAGGUCUUGGAUGAACACGGCGAGGUUCUGAAGCCCGCGAGGCCGUUUAGCGAGGCUGUUGUGAGACGGCUGGACGAGUGA